AUGCCGAGAAAUACGUGGUGGUCGAGACGCCGCAAUGUCUUUCAGCAAAACGCACCUGUGGCGGAUGGCGUCCAUGCUCACGCUGCCCCGCCCAACAAGAAGAAGCAGCAUGCCGUCGCCGGCCUGAGCGAGUUCGUCGGCACCCUGCUCUUCCUCUUCUUCGCCUAUGGCGGCACCAACGUGGCCAUGGAGUCGCCCGGUGAGGUGACGGAUCCCGUUCCUCGCCUGCUCUACAUCUCGCUCGCCUUUGGCAUCUCGCUCCUCGUCAAUGUGUGGGCCUUCUUCCGUAUCGGUGGAGGCAUGUUCAACCCGGCCGUCGCUCUCGGCAUGUGGAUCAUCGGAGCCAUUGACAUUGUCCGCCUCCUCAUCGUCGUUCUGGCCGAGAUCACGGGCAGCGUUGCGGCUGCCGCGCUGGUUGGUGGCCUGAUCCCCGGUCCAUAUACCGGCGGCAGUCUCAACCCCGCCAGAUCAUUUGGUCCUUCGAUCGUCGUGGGCUUUGUGCCCUAUCACUGGAUCUACUGGGUGGGCCCUGUGAUCGGCACGUUGCUUGCUACCGCGCUCUACACUCUGACCAAGGCUCUGGAUGCCCGUCGUCAGACUGGCGAUGUCGAUGAUCCGGCCCUGCCUGUGGUUCAUAAGGCUGAGCCUCCCACCGGGCCUGCUGUUGACAUCGAGGCACAGCACACUGCUCACACUAGUGCUGCCUAA